AAAUACUCAAAAGUCGGGUUAUAUUAUUUCUGAUCAUUACAACGAAAAUACAGUGUAAUUUGUCUUCCCAAGAGCAUGUUUUGUUAAAUCCUCCAAAAUCCAAUCUGGCCGUCCAUUAACGCGUUCACGCGUGGCCUUCGUGGAAGGUCACCUCUGUAUAUAUACAUUGUCUCUCUCUCCAUCUUUUGGCAGGUGCAGGAACAUCACAGAUCCUCUCCUUGGUUUUCUCUGCACCUCUUCCCUUUCUCGCCUUUUUCCCUGGAUAUUUGAAUCUCUCUCUAUUCAGAAUCCACUGGAGAUAUGCCGUCUUUGGAGGAAGAGCUGUUCCCCUCGACCCCGGGAAAAUUCAAAAUCGACAGAAAUCACGCCAUGAAUCGCCAGUUCUACCGCUGCUUCGCCUCCACAAGCACCAUGUUCUUAUGGGCUCUCUUCCUCAUUGCCUUGACGGCUUCAUAUCUGAGCUUCCAGAGCUUCGUCGAUUCCGGAAGCCGCUACUUCUCCGCCUCCUGGGGCGGCAUUCAAUGGGAGAAGCAGGGGGAGAAGCCGGUCCGGAGCUCCGCGCAGAUCCACCGCUCCGGUGGAAUGUCUGUUCUCGUCACCGGCGCUGCCGGAUUCGUCGGAAGCCACGUGUCCCUUGCCUUGAGGAAGCGCGGCGAUGGUGUCGUCGGACUGGACAACUUCAACAGCUACUACGAUCCGUCCCUGAAGAAGGCGCGGAAAGCUCUGCUCAGCGACCAUGGGAUCUUCGUCGUGGAGGGAGACGUGAACGACGCGAAGCUACUCGCUAAACUCUUCGACGUGGUGGCGUUCACGCACGUGAUGCACCUGGCGGCGCAGGCUGGCGUACGGUACGCGAUGGAGAAUCCGCAUUCGUACGUGCACAGCAACAUCGCCGGACUCGUGACGCUCCUCGAGAUCUGCAAAUCAGCGAAUCCUCAGCCGGCGAUCGUGUGGGCGUCGUCGAGCUCCGUCUACGGCCUCAACGACAAGAGCCCGUUCUCUGAGGCCGAUCGCACGGACCAGCCGGCGAGCCUGUACGCCGCGACGAAGAAAGCCGGCGAGGAAAUCACCCACACAUACAACCAUAUAUACGGCCUCGCCAUUACCGGAUUGCGAUUCUUCACGGUGUACGGACCCUGGGGGCGACCCGAUAUGGCGUACUUCUCCUUCACCCGAAACAUCCUCCAGGGGAAACCGAUAACCAUAUACCGGGGAAAGAACAGAGUGGAUUUGGCCCGCGACUUCACAUACAUCGACGACAUAGUCAAAGGGUGUCUGGGCUCGCUGGACACGUCGGGUAAGAGCACCGGGUCGAGCGGGAAAAAGCGGGGACCCGCACCGUACCGGAUCUUCAAUCUGGGGAACACAUCUCCGGUGACGGUGCCGAAUCUGGUGGAUAUACUGGAGAGGCAUCUAAAGGUGAAGGCAAAGAGGAAUGUGGUGGACAUGCCCGGAAACGGAGACGUGCCCUUCACGCAUGCCAACACAAGCGCGGCUCGAAUGGCGUUCGGGUACAAGCCCACCACGGAUCUUCAGACGGGGUUGAAGAAGUUCGUGAGGUGGUAUCUGUCCUAUUACGGCUACAAUCACGGCAAAGCCUCUAAGUCACAAGUAAACUCGCUUUCCAUUUUUACUUAA